CUGUCAAAUCCUGGGGAGUCGCGAGCCCCGAGUUUGUUGUUUUCUUUUUUUCCCCUCCCCACAACGUCACAGUCCGAGCUGCAGAGAGAAAGGACAGCGGCAGGAAGGCGAAGCCCCGGCUCCCGCACGCAGUUGGGAAACUCGCGGGUCCUCGAAGUCGCCUCCCCGCCUCGCCGGCCGCCCUUGCAGCCCCGAGCCGAGCAGCAAAGUGAGACAUUGUGCGCCUGCCAGAUCCGCCGGCCGCGGCCCGGGACUGCCUCGGAAACACAGAGGGGUCUUCUCUCGCCCUGCAUAUAAUUAGCCUGCACACAAAGGGAGCAGCUGAAUGGAGGUUGUCACUCUCUGGAAAAGGAUUUCUGACCGAGCGCUUCCAAUGGACAUUCUCCAGCCUCUCUGGAAAGAUUCUCGCUAAUGGAUUUCCUGCUGCUCGGUCUCUGUCUACACUGGCUGCUGAGGACGCCCUCGGGGGUGGUCUUGUGUUUGCUGGGGGCCUGCUUUCAGAUGCUGCCCGCCGCCCCCAGCGGGUGCCCGCAGCUGUGCCGGUGCGAGGGGCGGCUGCUGUACUGCGAGGCGCUCAACCUCACCGAGGCGCCGCACAACCUGUCGGGCCUGCUGGGCCUGUCCCUGCGCCACAACCGCCUCCCGGAGCUGCGCGCCGGCCAGUUCACGGGGUUAAUGCAGCUCACGUGGCUCUAUCUGGACCACAACCACAUCUGCUCGGUGCAGGGGGACGCCUUUCAGAAACUGCGCCGGGUUAAGGAGCUCACCCUGAGUUCCAACCAGAUCACCCAGCUGGCCAACACCACCUUCCGGCCCAUGCCCAACCUGCGCAGCGUGGACCUCUCCUACAACAAGCUGCAGGCGCUGGCGCCCGACCUCUUCCACGGGCUGCGGAAGCUCACCGCGCUGCACAUGCGGGCCAACGCCAUCCAGUUCGUGCCCGUGCGCAUCUUCCAGGACUGCCGCAGCCUCAAGUUUCUCGACAUCGGAUACAAUCAGCUCAAGAGCCUGGCGCGCAACUCCUUCGCCGGCUUGUUCAAGCUCACCGAGCUGCACCUGGAGCACAACGACUUGGUGAAGGUGAACUUCGCGCACUUCCCGCGCCUCGUCUCCCUGCACUCGCUCUGCCUGCGGCGGAACAAGGUGGCCAUCGUGGUCAGCUCGCUGGACUGGGUGUGGAACCUGGAGAAAAUGGACCUGUCGGGCAACGAGAUCGAGUACAUGGAGCCCCACGUGUUCGAGACCGUGCCGCACCUGCAGUCCCUGCAGCUGGACUCCAACCGCCUCACCUACAUCGAGCCCCGCAUCCUCAACUCCUGGAAGUCGCUGGCGAGCAUCACCCUGGCCGGGAACCUGUGGGACUGUGGGCGCAACGUGUGCGCCCUGGCCUCGUGGCUCAGCAACUUCCAGGGGCGCUACGAUGGCAACUUGCAGUGCGCCAGCCCCGAGUACGCGCAGGGCGAGGACGUCCUGGACGGCUCGCCCGAGCCGGCUACCGUGGCGCUCCCCGGCGGCGAGCACGCCGAGAACGCCGUGCAGAUCCACAAGGUGGUCACCGGCACCAUGGCCCUCAUCUUCUCCUUCCUCAUCGUGGUCCUGGUGCUCUACGUCUCCUGGAAGUGUUUCCCAGCCAGCCUCAGGCAGCUCAGACAGUGCUUUGUCACGCAGCGCAGGAAGCAGAAGCAGAAACAGACCAUGCAUCAGAUGGCUGCCAUGUCUGCCCAGGAGUACUACGUUGAUUACAAACCGAACCACAUCGAGGGCGCCCUGGUCAUCAUCAACGAGUACGGCUCGUGCACCUGCCACCAGCAGCCCGCCAGGGAAUGCGAGGUGUGACUGCCCCAGCGGCUCUCAACCCGUGCGCUACCAAAUACGCCUGGGCAGCCGGGGCGGCCGGCGAGCGCCCGGCUGGGUCCCCUGUCUGUGCUCUGCUGUGCUCCUUGACUGAAACUCCAAGGGGAUCUCUCCCAGAGACUUGCCAUUUUAGCUUUAUUGUGUCUUAAAAACAAACAAACAAACAAAAAGAGAUCAAACACAACAGAACCCCACCCCACAACCUUCAGGACAGUCUGUCUUAAAUUUCAUAUGAGAACUCCUUCCUCCCUUUGAAGAUCUGCCCAUAUUCAGGAAUCUGAGAGUGUUAAAAAAAAAAAAGGUACCACUCAUUGAUUUUUUUUUGUAAACUAAAAAUGUUUAAAAUAAAAUAGCAUUUACAGUUU